AUGGAGAAGGGAAACAGACGCUCCCCAGUAAACGUCGUGCGCAUGGAACAGAACAACCACACACGCAUCGGCAACUCGUCUGGUGACGGUCUUCCACCAUUUUUCAUCACUCCGGGAGGGUCCCAGGGUGAUAACAACCCUUGGGGACACCAGAAUUAUCGGUGGUACCAGCAUCCCCGACUGGAUUUACCGGUGUUUUCUGGCGACAAACCACAGAAUUGGUUGCGCAACUGCCGUAAGUCAGAUGCAUCACAUCCCGGAGGCAGAGAUGGUGGAUUCUGUGGAGCUGUUUCUCGAUGGAAAGGCAGAUACGUGGUUCCAGGGUGUCAAGACUGCCUAUGGAGCAAUCUCUGUCUUUUAGUGGUAAUUUGGGUUCGCCGGAUUCUGGUCAGACAGAAUCACCUGUUAGUUCCCCCUGGCAGUUUGAGGGGUGGUAGUGAGUCUCCGGUAGGAAACAAGGGGAAAAAGGGAAAUGAUCAGUCAGCUGAUAAGUUGGUUAAGGACAAAGAAAGUGUGUUUGAGGCUAAGAAUGGGAAUGGACUUAAAAUGAAUGGCUAUAAGGGCCCUGGUAACCGUUACUUCAAGAAAAUGUUACCCCAAGAAUUUCAGUACCGAGCCAACAACGGCUUGUGUUAUAGGUGUAGUGAAUGCUACAAGCCUGGACAUGUUUGCAAGUUCGGACAGGUAAAUGUGAUGCUGGGUGAAGAAUUAGCCAAGGCAAAUGUCUCUGGAAACGCACUGUGGACUAUUGACGGCGAAAUGGUAGAGCUGAGCAAGCUAUCUCAUGGUGGUUAA